AUGACCAGCAUUCAAGUCCUUGACAACCCCACAAUGUACAACCUACUAAUCAACCUCUCCAAAGAAGAAUCACUCACUUUCCGCGAAAUCAUCGAACACACUCUCGAAUCCUUCUCCGUCAACGGCGAGCGCCAAUACCAGCCCCCACCAAGCAUCGUCAACCGCCCCAACGGACAAAACACUCUCUUCCGACCAUUCACCUCAAACACAUGCAUCGGCACCAAAAUCACCGUUGAACCAGGGCCAGACGGUCAGGGCAGAAAGAGUCCGCUGCACGGUGCCAUAGUGCUUACCGAUAGCAAGGGAAACCCAACUGGACUCCUCAGCUCCGAUGAAGUAACGGGAUACCGAACCUCGAUGAAUGCUAUGGUUCCGUUUUCUUGGAGAAGGCAUGUUGAUCAUAUUGUGAUUUUUGGAGCUGGGAUGCAGGCGCUGUGGCAUACACGGCUUAUUUUGACACUUCGGGGUGAGCAGGUUAGGAGUAUUACUUAUGUUAGUCCGUCCAAGGAGCGAGUUGAUGGGCUUGUUGCUACGGUUUCGGAGGAUAAUCGGGUUCGGUGGAAGUCUGGGUGUUCUUUUCAUUAUAUCAACUCUACUGCUUUCAACGCUCAGUGGGAGAUUGAGAGUUGUUUGAGAAAUGCUGAUUGCAUUUUCUGCACUACGUCAUCCAAGAAACCCCUCUUCCCUGCUAGCUAUCUUACGAAGACUGAGGACGGGAGGAGACGGCCAUUGAUCUCAGCAAUUGGCUCCUGGCAGCCAGACAUGAUCGAACUAGAUCCCUCACUGUUACAUGAUGCCGUCACAGCCAGUUAUGGAUACAAUCCUCUGACUGGGAAAGAGGGUAGGGGUGUGAUAAUCAUCGAUGAUCGCGAGUUUGGUAUCGAAAGCUGUGGUGAAUUGGUUCAGAGUGGGAUUGCGGCGAAUGAUGUUGUUGAGCUUGGUGAGAUUAUUGCCUUGAGGAAGGGAGUGAGCUCGACUAAGGAGCAUGCGGAGAAGAUGAACUGGUUUUUUUCGGAGGGUUUUGUUGUUUAUAAGAGUGUCGGAGUGAGCCUUACGGAUCUUACAGUUGGUGAUGCUAUCCUGGACCUUUACAAGAAGAGGCAGCAAACCCCCUUGGAUUCAAGCUGA